AUGAGCGACAAAGAGUACUUCACGCCAGGCGGGAGGACGUUCGAUAGGAACCUCUACAAGGACGUCGCGUCGAAGCAGGAAAUUAACACCUACCUCACGCAAUCUCCGUACUACGACACCAAAACCAAACGAUGGUCUCUUCCAAACUUUUGCACAUCCGGAUCGAACUUUUCGGACUCUGGCGUGAAAGAACUCCGUGUACGCAUCGCAUCUAUUCUCGAGGAUGUAGAAUCGUACUUCUGGCCCGACAGGUCAUCGUCAAAGACACCUGCGCCUUCGUUUAUCUGGUCAGGUCCCGACGACGAUGAAGAUCCAGAAGAGGAAGAGUACACCAAAACCGCGAUGCUGGAAUGCCACUGGGAAGCCAUACCCUACUCUGACAAGCGCAUGGGCGCGACGUACGAAGACGCGGCAUUCGAAACUCGCGAGCACAUACGACUCGAGAAACGCGUCAUUACCGCAUUCAAAACGCAGCCAAACCGACUCUUCCUCCGUAUACUCCUAAUCUCACCAACAAGAUUCCGUGUCCUGCAUUUCGACAGAAGCGGGGUUGUGUAUUCGGUUCCUAAUGAUUUACGGAGGGAUCCGUAUACGUUUGUCCGGCUUGUGGUGGGUUUGACUUCGAGAAAGGCAGAGUUGGUUGGGUUUGACGGUUCCGUCCACUUUGCGAAGAGGAGGGGAGAUGUCGGAAAUGGAGGAGGGAAGGGGUUAGGGCAGAUUCGUGUUUUUCCUUAUUCCGUCGUCCCAAAGAGGGCUCUGGCUCUCGGGGACGCCAACCAAGGUUUGUACAAGAAAUCGAAAUCAAAAGCGAAAACCUCGCCCGGAACCAUCCCCUCCAUCUACACCAUCGGCCGCAUCAUCCCACCCCGCGACGAACCAGAUAUAUACUGGCAAUCCCCCUGGAUCUACUUUGCGCACAACACCUACACCAACAAGAAAGUUGUGAUCAAGGACUUUUGGUAUGAUGGUUUGGGAGGAUGUGAUCCCGAACCUGAGAUGGUGGAUGAGGCGAGGGGAGUGGAGGGUGUGGUGCAGGUUGUUGAGUGGGGUGUUGUUGGUGAUACCGCGGUGUUUCGCGGGGUGGAUGUUUCGAAAGAGGAGAGGAUUGAGAAGAGGGUUAGGUAUCGGAUUGUACUUGAGAGAUACGGAGGGAUGAUCAUCGAUUUCGAGAGUCGGCUGGAUUUGCUGUAUGGGUUGUUCGAUGCUAUAACCGGCCAUAUGAACCUCUACCUCCACAAACGCAUCCUCCACCGCGACGUCAGCAUCGGCAACAUCCUCCUGGGGCUCCAAGGCUUUCGUUCUCCCAAAGGGUACCGCGGCGUCCUAAUCGACCUCGACCGCAGCGUCCGCCUCAAAAACGGCGUCGGACCGCCAGUGGACGUCGAAAUAGGAACAACAACCUGGCAAUCCGUAUUCGUCAUGCAAAGCGGUUGCAACCUGGAUCCGAAAGUGUAUCCGACGGGGAGACAUGAUCAUCUGGAUGACCUUGAAUCGUUCUUUUGGGUUUUUGUAUUUGUUGUUGUGGCGUAUCGAGCGCGGGGGGAAGAGAACCGUGUGCAUUCGUCGAAACUUGGUCUUAGGAUGAACGAGUGGUUUCCGAGAGGCAGUACUAGUAGUGCCGAAAGUAUCCUUGGUUGCUAUACCGCGAAACUGGGAUUCGUGUUGAGCGAGGAGGAAAGGGGGUUUAGGAGGGCGGAGGUGGAGGGGUGUGUAGGAGAGUGGUGGGGCGGUGCGGUAAGGGAGUUGGUGAGUGAGUGGAGGGAGUUUGUCGGGGAGGUGUUUGCGAGAAAGAGUGAGGCGUUGGAUGAUGAGAGCCACGGGGAUGGAGGGAAGAUGGACCUGUUAAGAAAGGAGGCGAGGGUGCAUUAUCUGAGGGUUUUAGGGAUGAUUGGGAAGGCGAUUGGGAAGAUGGAGAAGGAGGAGGAUCGGGAUGGUGGAGUGGAUUCUGAAGAGGGUGAUAAACUUGUUUUGGAGAAACGUUCUGCGGAAGAGUGUACCCGUGAAGAGCCUAAGCCAAAGAAGGGGAAAGGCGAGGAAGGCAUUUAG